ACCUGACUGUCUCAAUGGAAUAGCUAAAAAAACCGUGAUUUAUUCUUGGAAUUAAGUCAUUUUCACGAGCCUACGGAAAAACAUUCGAAAACUGAUCGUGCGGUUUUUUGGGGAUAGGUUUCCUUCGUGUUUGAACCAUGUAUGAGCCAAGACACUAUGAUAGGCCUCCCACAUACAGUGCACAUUACACUGCUCCAUCAAAUGUGUACCCAUCCAGAAGUUACUACUCUCAACGGAGUGAAUAUGGUCCUUCCUCACCUGUUCCUCAAGAUUUUUACACGAAUGGAACCCCCCAGAACUUCUACAGGUUACUCUCUCCUCCAGGAAUAGUGAAAUCAAUGGAGGGCCUAGUUGUGUUGCUAUGUUUCGUGAUUUUUGCUUGUGUCGCCUCCACGUUAGUUUGGGACAUGCAUGGCUUUGAUGCCAACAUUAGUGGUUAUUUAUCAGCAUCUGGAAGCUUUGGUGCGGGUGUAGGCUCAGGCUAUUACGGAGGAAGCUACGGAUACCAGACCUCAUACAUGACCCCGUACUCUGCGAAGUCUGCAAUGAUCUCAAUGGCUGCCAUAAACUUCAUAAUAUCCUUAGGUUUCCUUGUGGCCAGUUUCUCCAAGGCCCGGGGACUGCGUGGCCGCAGGUUCUACCUGACUGUGUUGGUGGCAGACAUUAUCCUAAGCAUCCUUCAGGGCAUAAUUGACAUUAUAUUUGUUAUCGGUGUCAAUCCCAUGGCCCAGAGCUCCCAAAGCAUGCUGUAUAAUCCUAUACUAAUGAUGUGCCAGACUUAUCAAGGAACCACCAUCAGUGGUGGAGUAGGAACUGGUUUUCCAGGCGCAUACCCAAUGUUCACCCAGUACCUCUAUCACUACUGCUACAUGGACCCUGAGGAGGCUGUGGCACUGGUGUGUGGCAUCUUUGUGGUGAUCGCUCUUGCUGUUGCUGCUUAUUUUUCUUACAAGACUCGGAGUAAGAUAUGGCGUCAUGGCAAACAUAAUAUUUACUGGGAGGAACCUCCACUACUCAAUAGUUCUCGAAGUCAAGAUUUGCAGGACUGGACGAGCAAUUUAAGAAGCACUCAUAUGACCUCAACUCUGGUUCUGUCAGAAAAAGCUGCUCCGGAUUUAAGAGGGGAGAACAGUGUCCUCUCUUACCCUGUUGGAACUGUGAGCGUUGUCAGUCGGGGAACUUACAACGAAUAUCGUGAAAAUGUGAAGAGAGGUCCUCCUGAGCCUCUGUACCGGGACAACUCGGACAGCUCCAGCAUUGUGGAGGAGAUUGAAGUCCAGAGUGCAUCGCUAGAGCAAGAGAAGAACAGGGGCCAGGUUGAGGAAUCCCAAUAUGAGACAGGGUAUACCACUGGUGCUGAGACUAGUGCUGAACUGGAUAUUGACAAACUGGAAGACCUAUACCCAGAAAUUACUUCAGAUGCACAGCGUCACGAGUAUAAGAGAGAUUUUGACCUCAGUCUCUCCGAGUAUAAGCAACUGUGUGCGGAAAUGGACGACAUCAAUGACCAAAUGAACAAACUUAGCCGAGAGCUUGACACACUAGAGGAGGGAUCCAUGAAGUUUCAGGCUGUUGCUGAUGAAUACAAUCGACUGAAGGAUAUCAAACAGACCCCUGACUACAAGACCAAAAAGUUGCAGUGCAAAGAGAUACGACAAAAACUUUUUCACAUCAAGAGAUUAGUUAAGAGCUAUGACAGAGGUUACUCGUAGACAAAGAGCUCUUUGCGCUUUCUGCAGGACUGCCUCUGAAGUCAUGCCCUCAGUGUGGUUAGUAUGUGACAAACUGCCAACUUUUCAGGAAACAAAAUGUUAUCGCCUUUACAUGUUUGAUAUCUUAUAUCAGUUUUGAAUUCUCAGACUUAAAAUGUAUUUGAAGCUUUGUAUUUAGCAUCGAGGAAGCUAGCUCUAGUGUGGACAGACAGAGCUAGUUGCAUUUGGUUAAUAGACAUCAAAACUUAUUCUCUAUCAGUUGAAAUUUAAAACUUUCAGAAAUAAUGUUUUUAGGUCUUUUUCUCCCAUUAGUGAUUACUGUAGGUUUACAUGACAUAUUAGUCAGCUUGCAUGUGUGUGUGCUAUCACAGUUCAACCAUGUCAGUACCUGAAGUAAAAUGGCAUUAUCCUCCUAAGUUUGAACUUUUUCUGGUUAUUCUAAUGUAACAGAGGCGAUAGUCAGUUUCAGAUGUUUUCAGAAGCACCUUCCAGUGCUAUAUGAGUGGGCCUUUUGAAUAUUGAUACUGUGUUUAAACCCAACGCUUAAUCAAACUGUAUUACAUACCACGACUACCAUACCAAACAAAUCAAAAGGGCGGUAAAACAACAUCAACAAAAAAAAUUCAAAUUCUGUUGUACCAAAACUGCUCUUCUCAUUU